CUUUAGCGCACCCACCCCCCCAAACCCAACCUUGUGCCUGUCUACGAACCUUCUGUGCAGACCCUUUUUGUACAUUUGCCCGCCUUUCUGUCGCCCAACUUUCCCCCUUCUCAGCCCUAUUCACUUCUCAACACGAUCAUUCGCAGUCGCAGCCGCCUACGCCUCGAUCCCCGAUCCUCGAACGAACACGUGAAGACAACUAGACUUGGACCCUCAACACACCGCUGUCCUGUUGCCUGCCCGCGUCCGCACCCAGACCGCCCGAAUUCCCAAGGCGCAACUCCUCACGCGGCUUCAAGAUGGAGGCGGACGACGCCCAGCCGUCCUCCAAUGUGGAGGAUAACCGCAACAUGCAGGUUGAUAAUGCCAUCCGCGCCAUACGGGAGAAGAAGCCCGUACCUGAGAUUGAUUUCACCAUCCACUCCAUGGAGGAUGGAACUCAGGUCAACACACAGGAGCGAGUCUGCAAAGAUGUUCAAGCACCAGCCACCUUCACCCCCAGCGACGAGCAGUUCUUCGAGGACGAGACUCACCAGAAGCCCAACAUCACCUUUCUCAAGCAACACUUCUACCGCGAAGGCCGCCUCACCGAGGACCAGGCUCUAUGGAUCAUCAGGAAGGGCACCGAGCUCCUCCGCGAGGAGCCCAAUCUCUUGGAGAUGGACGCACCCAUUACCGUGUGCGGCGAUGUCCACGGCCAGUACUACGAUCUCAUGAAGCUCUUUGAAGUUGGUGGCGAUCCCGCAGAGACGAGAUACCUUUUCCUGGGCGACUACGUCGACCGCGGUUAUUUCAGCAUCGAGUGUGUCCUUUAUCUAUGGUGCCUCAAGAUACACUAUCCCAAGACACUGUGGCUACUACGCGGAAACCACGAGUGCCGGCAUUUGACUGAUUAUUUCACCUUCAAGCUCGAGUGUAAGCACAAGUACUCGGAAGCUAUUUACGAGGCUUGCAUGGAGUCCUUCUGCUGCUUGCCCUUGGCCGCCGUCAUGAACAAGCAGUUUUUGUGUAUCCAUGGCGGUCUCAGUCCUGAGCUGCACACGCUGGACGACAUCCGGAAUAUCGAUCGUUUCCGCGAGCCGCCUACACAAGGCCUGAUGUGUGACAUUCUCUGGGCCGAUCCACUCGAGGAUUUUGGACAAGAGAAAACCAGCGAAUUCUUCAUGCACAACCACGUCCGAGGAUGCUCAUACUUCUUCUCGUAUCCAGCCGCUUGUGCUUUCUUGGAAAAGAACAACCUGUUGUCUGUUAUCCGAGCGCACGAAGCGCAAGAUGCCGGCUACCGAAUGUAUCGCAAGACCAGGACCACUGGUUUCCCUAGUGUCAUGACAAUCUUCUCUGCGCCCAACUACCUGGACGUCUAUAACAACAAGGCGGCCGUGUUGAAGUACGAGAAUAACGUUAUGAACAUUCGCCAGUUCAACUGCACACCUCACCCGUACUGGCUUCCUAACUUCAUGGACGUCUUCACGUGGUCUUUGCCAUUUGUGGGCGAGAAGAUCACCGACAUGCUGAUUGCCAUUCUGCACACAUGCUCCGAGGAAGAACUCAAGGACGAGACGCCCCUCACCACAUCUCCUGGUCCCCAAUCGCCAUCCCUGGAGGAUCCCUUCAACGACCCCAACUCGAUCGAGUACAAGCGACGUGCGAUCAAGAACAAGAUUCUUGCUAUUGGUAGAUUAUCACGUGUAUUCCAAGUUCUCCGUGAGGAGUCAGAAAAGGUCACCGAGCUUAAGACAGUUUCUGGAGGAAGGCUGCCUGCUGGUACCCUCAUGCUCGGCGCAGAGGGAAUCAAGAACGCAAUUAGCAGUUUCGAGGACGCCCGAAAAGUCGACUUGCAAAACGAGCGUCUUCCACCAACUCACGAAGAGGUCCAAAAGGCCGCGUCGGAGCAACAUGAGGCUGCUAUGGAAAGAGCCAAAAGAGACGCUGAUAAUGACACGAAGUUACAGACGCUGUCAAGAAGGCUUAGCCAAAGUGACCGCAAGCGAUAGAUACGCUUAGCUGAACAAAAGGCCGAAGCCUAACGCUGUCAAACAAUACCUCGAUGCGUUGUUUACAACGCAACUUCCACGAUGUGGCUAUGAUUCUUUAUAGCAUGAACGCUGCCUCUAAUGAGGUUAUGAAAAUCUGAAGCAGUACUCAUGAAAGAAAACCUUUCUAAGGUCUGUAAUCGCCCAAGAGACACGUGGAGGCACGUCAGGCCAAGCACAGGACGAGCUUAGCCACCAGUCCCAGAAUACUUAAGGGUCAUACAAAAGCCAUUGGCCUCAUUUUUUUUUAAAGUGGUGCAGGGCUUGGUAUGCAGAAAGACUUAGAUUAUUAGGAGAAUAGCAAAUAUAUCCUACUAUCUUGCGUUGA